AUGAAACUCAUUAUUUUCUUUCAAUUAAUUAUAUUCCUUCAUGAUACUCAUGGAUUUAUUAUACCAAACGAUAGAUUUAAAAGACAAGCUGUAGUUGGAUGGGAUAAUAAUGCUGAACCUGGUUAUCUUCCUGAUUAUAGAGGUGAUAAAUAUACAGAUCCACAAAGAAUCAAAGAUACACAAGCAUUAAAUAAACCAUUUUUUGAUAGUAUUGGUGGUGAACCUACAUAUCCUGGAGGUGUUCCACCUAAAAAUGGUGUUAAUAAUUCUACAAAUACAUAUUACUCAAACCAACAAAAUUCAGAUUCAUCUUCAUUAAACAAUAAUAAUCAACAAAAUUCUAAUUCAUAUACAGAAAAUGGAAAUCAAAUGAGUAAUGGAAAUAAUUAUAAUGAUCAAAAUCCUUCAUACACUACAAGUGUAUAUCCCAAUCAUGUUCAAAGAGAUUAUUUUGUUCCAAAUACAUAUGAAAUCAGUACUACAGGUUACGAAGUUUUAAAUAAUGGUUAUAUUCCGGGUACAACUGUUACAAAUAUUCCAAUUCUAACAAAUCUACAAACUGGAAAUGGACCAUUAUGGCAAUCAGCAAAUCCUGGAUUUCUUCCAGACUACAGAGGUGAUAAAUAUACAGAUCCUCAAAGAAUUUUAGACACUCAAAAUUUAAACAAAAAAUUUUUUGAAUCAAUUGGUGGAGAACCUGUAUAUCCAGGAGGAGUACCACCAAAACAAAAUAUAGUUACUUCAUCAACAUCUGUAUAUAAUAUAUAA